AUGUUUGCCGCCACUCGGAUGAAUCAGGCCAUGACAGCGGCCGUGAUCGAUCAGCUCGGUAUCGAAGAGUUGCACGAGUUGCAACUCGUCAACAAGCAGUUCAGGGGAACCGCCCGAGCGAAUACCAAUGCCAAGCGUGGGAGACGCCUCGAUACGAAGAUGCAAAUCAGCCCCGUCACCACAUAUAAGCAAGCCGACCAU